CGGCAAUUCGGAGGACAACAACAACCAUCAUCAUCAUGGCUUCAAAACAGCAGUGUGACUAUGUCUUCAAAUUCGUCCUUGUUGGUAGAGAUGCUGGCAAAACAAGUUUGAUUAGUCAGCUGACAGAGAGUCAAUUCGACGCUCCCAUUUCCAGCACCCUUGGCGUUAGCUUUAGAACCCAUGAACUCGAACUUCACGGGAAGCGCACACAGCUACAAAUUUGGGACACAAAUGGGCAAGAACGCUUCCGUUCCCUUUCGCAUGCAUACUGUCGAGGAGCACAUGGCAUCCUCCUUGUAUAUGACGUCACUCGGCGGGACACAGUCAACACCAUUCUGGAGUGGAUGAAGGACGUAAGGUCCUAUUCGGAUCCCAAGUGCUGCGUGGCCCUGAUUGGAAACAAGUGCGAUCUCGGAGACCAUCGACAAGUGUCGUUUGAAGACGGCCAGAGGUUCGCGAUGGAGAAGGGCCUCGUGUUUUUCGAAACAAGCGCGAAGACAGGCGAAAAUGUGGAAAAGGCAUUUCAGGAGCUCACAGCCCAGGUGGUGCAUCGGCUCGAAACAGAAGAUCCACCAGGUGGGGCGCUGCACGACGCUUGCCGCCAAGGAAAAUUCGACAUGGCAUCCUCAUUGCUGAAGUGUGGCCAGGACGCCAACAAGCUUAACGACACAGGGAGUCUUCCUCUGCAUAUGGCGAGCGGAAGCGGCGCGUCUGAUGUUGUGCAGCUGUUGCUCAAGCACAGCGCCGAUAUCAAUGCAAAGGACAAGAAGGGAUGGACGGCCCUCCACUACGCCGCGUCCAACAAUCAUGCGAACGCUGUGCGCGUGCUCCUGGAACAUGGCGCUGACACCACCAUCAAGCACCGCUUUCUGUUCGGCAAGACGGCUCUUGACCUCGCUGUCAGCGGUGGGCACAGUGAUGUCAUUAAGCUGCUUCGCAACCCGCAGGCUGUGCAAGCACGACCACCAUCUUCACCACAACCUGCAUCCCUCCAUGAUGCCUGCAAGCACGGUGACACUGCGCGUGUGUCUGCACUCAUUGACAAAGGCAAUGUGGACGUAUCCGAACAGGAUACGCAGGGCGAUACACCGCUGCAUGUUGCCUGCAGGCACAAUCAUGCAGCUGUUGUGCGGCUGUUGCUGAAGAAAGGUGCCAACAUCACCACAAAGAAUAACAAGGGUCAGACACCCUUGGAUGUGGCAAAGGCAAGCGGUCACAAAGCCAUUGCAUCCAUCACAGCGCUCCAACCCACCACUGCCACGACACCAAGCAGCGACAGCAACCAGCAACCGCCUGAAGAUGGAGAUGAGAAGGGAGAUGAAGAGGACCCGACCACAAGUGAAUUGGACGAUGAGACGCAAGCCAGAUUACAGCAGGAGAAGGCAAAGGAAGCGUACGUGGCAAACGUGAGGCGGAUCAUGCAGGAGAUUGCCGAGCGGUGCGACCAGCAGAUGGCGGGGCGGGCAAAGCUGAACUUGGUUGGCCAGGGCCGUGCGGGGAAGACGACAACGCUCCGCUCUCUUCGGGGCUUGGGCUUCAAUAAUGCCGAGCACUCGACCAAAGGCGCUGCAACCCACGACAUGAAUGUCACCGUGGAUUCCAUGGACGUUUACCAAUGGAAGGCUGUGACUGGCUUUCUGUCUGAGGUUGCGCGGAGCCUGCGGGACACAGCGCUGGCGCAGGCGGGCGGCAUGGACGCGGUGAUGCGGAUGAAGAUGGAGGAAGCACAUAGGCUGCGGGAGGAGCGCGUUGCACUGCAGCUCGUCAGCGAGAUGGAAGCAGACGCACCAGUGGCAGACAAAGGGGAUGUGCUUGGCCAUGAAGCUGGUCUUGAUGCAUCCGGUGAGCAGGUGCUGGCGAGCGGCAAUGAACCUGGUGCACAUGUCGUUGAUGAUGACGAUGAUGACGAUGAUGAUGAUUAUGAUGAUGACAGUGACGGUGGUGGAACUGAGACUGCUGAUGCUGCUGAGCCCACAUCAGCGUCAUUGCCAUCGCCACCCGCACUCGCAGCAUCGUCUGCAGUGAUGACUGCCGGUAUGGGAACCGUGCCCAACAUCUCAACUGAGGAGAUUGAGAACGCGAUCAAGGAUCUGAAUCUGGACACGACGUUCGGGGAGGGCAACGCCAGGGUGACGUUCAAAGUAUUUGACCUGGGAGGCCAGUCCACCUUCUACAUCUUCCACCCUUUCUUCCUCACCAAGUACGCGGUGUACCUGCUGGUGUUCUCGAUGGAGGAUCUGCUGCACCAGGACAAGAGCAAGCGGACAGAGACGUGGGAGUUUAUGGAGCACUGGCUGUCCUCCCUUCACCUCCACGCCAAGGGUGCACCCGUCCUCAUCGUCGGCACCUUCGCUGAUGUGGUCAGCCAGCGGAAGCAGCAUGAGAACAUUUCACGCGACAUAUACAGCCGCCUGCGCCACAACCCAGCCUUUCCUGGUGUCAUUCACAACGACAAGCACGGUCUGUGGUUCUGGCCCGUUGACAACACCAAGUCCAUCAAUGACCCCAUGAUCCAGGACCUGCGCCAGACCAUCUCCUCCACAGCACUGGCGCAGGAGUACGUAAGCCAGGAGGUGGCCGUGCCGUACCUCCACCUCUACGACAAGCUCCAUGCCAUCGCCCGCGACGAGAAACGACCGCUGCUCACGUUUGAUGAGGUGGUGGAUAUUGCGCGCACGUGUGGGCUGCGCACGCGUGACGAGACGAGGGCCUGCCUUCAGUUCCUGCACCUGUACUCCAUGGUGCUGUACUAUGACAGCGUGCCAGGCAUGGAUGAUUAUGUGAUCCUGAGUCCGCAGUGGGCGGUGGACACGAUGACGCGCGUCAUCCGCAACUUUGACCUGCACUACGAUGCGCGGGAUGGCGAGGCGAGGGCCGUUGGCGCGCAGCUGUGGGACGACCUCCUUGACCGCGGUAUCCUGCAUCGCCGCCUGCUGGAUGUGCUGUGGAGGGACGUGGACAGCAACUUGAUAAUGCCGUUCCUGCGCCUCAUGAUGCAGUACGGGCUGUGUGUUGAGUACUCCCCACCCAAGCUGGUCGACAGCCGCAGAGCACUCGCCCGCACCAACUCUGGCCACGGUGACAACGCUACAGCCAAGGGCAGCAAGGGCAGCAGUCCCGGGCACCAGCAGUACCUGGUUCCAGCCAUUCUGCCUAUGACGAUCCGCCACAGCAGCAGCACGAUGGCAUCCGUGUCGCUGAGCACGACAGCAGCACAACAGGCCAACCCGUAUCUUGGCCACGAGGAGAAGACAGCCUACGUCACCUUCAGCCUGACGCAGUUCAAGCGAAGUGCGAGCGUGCAAGUUGAAAAUGCACAGCACGCGUCGUUCCUGCCAGAGGGCCUCUUCACCGUUGUGCUGGCUCAUGUGCUGGCGCAUGCGCAGCACGGCGCAUCGCAGGAGCCCAAGCUGAGCCGCACCCACGCCGUCUGCUUCAUGGAGUCGACCAAGCUGGAGUUGCAGCUUGUGCCGGCUGUUGGCGGCAUCAAGAUGAAGAUCACGAGUGCACAGCCACGCGCCAUGCUGCACAUGCUGCACACCAUGAUCAGCGAGGCCGCCAGAGAGCGCUAUCCUGAGCUGAAGAGCAGCCUGCUGCUGCCGUACGACGACAAGACGCUGCUGUUCUUCGAGGAUGUGCUGCACCGACACAAGAACAAGCAGGACAUGUGGGUGGAUGAACAGCUGCUGCCACCCGAUGACCUGAUCACCAAGUACGGCCCUCUUCUGCCCGUUCUCGGCCUGCAGGACAAGUACGACGUCUUCAUCAGCUACAGACAACGCGCCAGCAGCGGGCUGGUGAUGGCGCUGCAUCCGCGCUUGGAGCAGCGCAACCUGAUCGCAUUCCUGGACGCCAACAACCUGGAGACGGGCCUCAACUUCAAGCUGUCGUUCAUGACGGCGAUAGGGCUGAGCCUGGUGGCCUGCCCCAUCGUCUCUGCUGCCACCAUCAUGCAGAUGAGGCAGCUGCAGCACAGCGACUACUGCGACAACGUGCUGCUGGAGUGGAUGACGAUGCUGGCGCUACGCGAGCACCAGCGCGCGCAUGAAGAUGAUGAGGAGCAACAUGCCAAGAUCCGCCUCCAACGCAUUGUGCCCGUGAUUGUGAGCAGCGCGUGGCACAACUUCAACGACAGCAGCAGCAUGAGCAGGGCCGAGAUGAGCGAGUACGACUCUUUCGACCGCCUGAAGCGGUUGGCCAUGACGCUGCCGGAUGCUGUGUGUGAGAAGACAGCAGCAGCGCUGGACCAGUACUUUUCACAGGUGCUGCACCUGCCACCACCACAGCCGCACAAGAGCGUGCGUGAAGCGGUGCUGUCGCUAUUUGACAUUGACGGCAUGACUGGAUUUGGCGAAGAGGCGGCAGAAGGGGAGGUGGCGUGGCGAGGGAGACAGUUGCAGGGAUAUGCAGAGGCGAUCAGGAAGGUGGUUGUUGCUGCGGGGCGGGAUCAUGCACGCAGCGGCGCACCGAGAAAGUCAGGCCAGGCGGAGGGAAGCGACGAAGUUGUGGAAGAAGAAGAAGAAGAAGAAGAAGAAGAAGAAGAAGAAGAAGAAGAAGAAGAAGAAGAAGAAGAAGAAGAAGAAGAAGAAGAAGAAGAAGAAGAAGAAGAAGAAGAAGAAGAAGAAGAAGAAGUACAGCAUCAGCAUCAGCAACAACAGCAACAACAACAGCAAAUAGACGAGGAGCAGCGGCUGUGGCCAUUUGCGGCAGACUUGCUAUCGGAGCUGAGCUCGGCGUCGCUGCUGGAGAGUGUGGGCGGUGCGCUGUGUGACUUUGGGGCGACCACGUGCGGUGAUGUUGUGCUUGGCAUUGAGGAAGGCAUCAUUUCGCGGAAGUCCCUCGAGGCGUGCGGUGUCCGGCCAAUCCCGGCGGUGAAACUGCUCAGGCUCUUCAAGGCCAAGACAUCUUGCUCCUCCUCCUUCGCAUAGCCUUAUGUGUGUGUGCGUGUUUCCUGCAUUGUAAUGUUGUACGUGUAUGCGCAGGCUCAACCCUCUCCGCUUUACUGUUCAAGCCGUCUCCUUUGUGUUCUUUCCCAUGCGGACGGCUAGGCUGUUUACAUUUGAAUUUGAAAGACAUACAAUACUGCAACAAGC